GGCUGGCUGCGCUGCGGGCGGGAGCGCACGCCGAGCUCCUGUCGCUUUCUGCUCUCUGCACCGAGGUUGGAUUUCAAACCAAGCUACUGGAUUGUUCUGGUACAGAUAAAGAGCCAGCGAAUUGUGUGGCAGUAUCCAUGGCACACUUGCAUUAACGUCUCACCACUUACAGCUUUGACAGUUAAGAGACACUGUCUUGGACUUUUGGCACAUGGAAAUGUGUCAUUCUUUUAACAUAGGAAAGCCUUCUUCCACACCAAAAUGGGGACAUUGUGCUCAGUUAUAACGUUUGAAAAUCUCCGGGAACUAAGUCGACUGUUUCACUGGGGCCCCUUUAUAGCCCUGGGUGUUAUAGCAAUAAUCACGACGAUGACCAUUAUUGACUCUGUGUUGUGGUAUUGGCCCUUACAUACCACGGGAGGAAGUGUGAAUUUCAUCAUAGUGAUAAAUUGGCUCAUCAUGAUUCUUUAUAAUUACUUCAAUGCCAUGUUUGUUGGACCAGGCUUUGUCCCUCUGGGGUGGAAACCGGAAAACUCUCAGGACAGUAUGUACCUCCAGUAUUGCAAAGUCUGCCAAGCAUACAAGGCACCGCGGUCCCAUCACUGCAGAAAGUGUAACAGGUGUGUGAUGAAAAUGGACCAUCACUGUCCUUGGAUCAACAACUGCUGUGGUUACCGAAACCAUGCUUUCUUCACAAUGUUUCUUCUUUUCGCCCCACUGGGGUGUAUUCAUGCUACCUUCAUUCUUACUAUGACUCUGUACUCACAGCUUUAUAAUCGGCUCUCCUUUGGAUGGAACACAGUGAAGAUUGACAUGAGUGCAGCCCGGAGAGACCCUCUUCCAGCCAUUCCAUUUGGAUUAACUGCAUUUGCUGCUACCUUGUUUGCCUUGGGAUUAGCUUUAGGAACAACCAUAGCAGUUGGGAUGUUGUUUUAUAUGCAGAUGAAAAUAAUUCUCAGAAACAAAACCUCUAUUGAAUCAUGGAUUGAAGAGAAGGCUAAAGAUCGAAUUCAGUACUAUCAGCUCGAUGAAGUCUUUGUUUUUCCUUAUGAUAUGGGCAGCAGAUGGAAGAACUUUAAGCAGGUAUUUACGUGGUCUGGUGUUCCCGAAGGAGAUGGUCUGGAGUGGCCAGUUCAAAAUGGUUGUCAUCAAUACAGCUUAACCAUAGAACAAUUGAAACAAAAAGCAGAUAAGAGAGUCAGAAGUGUUCGCUAUAAAGUCAUUGAAGAUUAUAAUGGUGCCUGCUGUCCUUUGAAUAAAGGACUCAAAACCUUCUUCACGAGUCCCUGCACUGAAGAGCCCCGAAUAACACUCCAGAAAGGGGAGUUCAUUUUAGCUACAAGAGGGUUACGACACUGGUUGUAUGGAGACAAAAUUCCUGAUGAUUCCCUUAGUGAAGGCGUUUCGAGAAUAAGAGGAUGGUUCCCUAGAAACUGUGUGGAAAAGUGUCCUUGUGAUUCUGAAACAGAUCCUGCCCCAGAGGGCGAGAAAAAAACUAGAUAGCUACUGUCAAAGUAUAUAGAAGCUGCCAGCUGCCCAUGAUAUCUGAUCCCUGGCGAGUCCAAAGCCUCCCCCAGGUCAGCUUAGGGUAGGGUGGAAAAAGAAGAAUGGAAGUAUUUGGAAUCAAACCUCAGAGCAACUACAUGAAACAAAUCUUCAUUGCCAAGGGAGAAGGACUGUUUUAACAGUUAUACACUACAGGAUUUACCUGCACAGGGGAAGAUUGAACAAAUGAUUGGGUGUAUGUACAUGCGGUAUAUCAGGUCUAUGGACCUAUGUGACUGGGGGAACAUGACCAAUGUGACCUACAUGACCAGGGGAAAGCACAUGAAGUGGGCUUUGAUGUGACAUGCCAGGUAUUUGUUCCAACAGGCACUCAUCUCCUCUUCCAGCAGGGGAUUGUGGAGCUCCUUCCUUUCGGGGGCUC